GCUAAUUGUAUUAUUCCAAGUUUAAAGCUAUGGAGUGCAGUUACAUAGUAGUAAUUUUGAUUCUUCUGCAACUCACAGCUUCACUAAACUCCAAAUCAAUCAUCAAGAAUCUCCCUGGCUUUGAUGGUGAACUUCCAUUCACCCUUGAAACUGGAUAUGUGGGGAUCGGAGAAGACGAUGCAGUUCAGGUGUUCUACUACUUUGUUGAAUCUCAAAGAGACCCAUUGCAUGACCCUCUUCUUCUUUAUACCGCCGGUGGCCCUGGCACUUCUGGACUUUAUCCUUUCCUCUAUCAAAUCGGUCCAAUAAGUAUCAAUUUCGAAAAUUCAACGUGGACUAACAUUACAUUCGAGUUGAAUGAAAAGUCAUGGACAAAGGUUGCUAAUAUGAUAUUCGUAGAUCUACCCGUUGGUACAGGGUUUUCAUAUUCUAAAACAUAUGAAGCAUCAAGGAGUAGUGAUUCCGGUUUAGCUUUUCAAAGUUAUGAGUUUAUACAAAAGUGGCUUGUGGAGCAUCCAAAGUUUCUUGAUAAUCCAUUGUACAUAUCGGGGAUUUCAUACAUGGGCAUUGUUAUACCAGCUGCUACCUUAGAGGUAUACAAAGGCAAUGAACGUGGGAAUCAACCGCAAGUGAAUAUUAAAGGAUGCUUAUGUGUUAGCCCCUUGACCGACAAAUUUAAUGAUUUUAAUUCAAGAUUAGAGUUUGCUCAUCGUGUUGCUCUUAUAUCAGAUGAUAUCUACGAGUCUACAAAAGAAACCUGCAAUGGUAACUAUAUAACUAAUGACCCAGAGAACACAUUAUGUUCAAAUAAUCUUCAACGAGUAGAUGAGUGCACAAGUGGACUUAACAUAGCAAAUAUAUUGGAUCCAGUUUGUGAUGCUGCGAAUCCAGAGCCAAUUUGUCGUGAAGCUGCUCAGAUAUAUUUAGAAAAUUGGGCAAACUCUAAGGUUGUUCAAAAAGCACUCCAUAUUCGUGAGGGAACGAUUGAAACUUGGCAGAAAAACAAUGACUCUCUCCAUUACGAUAUAAACAAAGAGGACACUGUAUAUUACUCAUUUGACAUCUUCAGCAGUGUUGAAUACCAUAGACAACUUAUUUCAAGAAACUCCCACGUUUUGAUCCUUAAUGGUGAUCAUGAUAUGAAUUUCCCAUACGUUGGCACUGAGAAAUGGAUUAAAUCUCUCGAGCUUCCAAUUAAAAAUCCAUGGAAGCCAUGGUUUGUUAGUAACCAAAUUGUUGGAUACAAGACGACAUAUGCCAAGAACGGAUACACGUUAACGUAUACAACUAUUAAGGGCGCUGGUCAUGGAGUGGCAUUAUACAAGCCUGAUGAAGCUUUAGCUAUUGUGGAUGGGUGGUUUUCUUCUCAUAGUUAUCUAUGUGAUUCUUAAGAAAAUAAUAUAUCGUUGUUAUUAAUGUACUAGGUUAUUAUAGGUGUUAUAACAAUUUCUGUCGCACCUAUCAAGUUAUUUUCAUUAUUAUUAUUUAAAACAAGUUUUAGCUUUUGUUUUAUCAUGUU